GGCACGGUACCUGUCCCAAAACAUGCCUCUUUUCUUCCCUGUUCUAGUUAUGCGCUGGGAACAAUGUCACCGAUUACUAUGACUCCAACACCACCAUCGACUACACCAUGUUCGAGAUCCUGUGUGAGAAGGAGGAAGUCCGUAACUUCCGCGCUGCCUUCCUCCCAGCCAUGUACUCCCUCAUCUGCUUCACGGGGCUGCUGGGGAACGGGCUGGUGAUGCUCACCUACAUCUACUUCAAGAGGCUCAAGACCAUGACAGACAUCUAUUUGCUGAACCUGGCUCUGGCAGACAUCCUCUUCCUGCUGCCCCUCCCCUUCUGGGCCACAAGUGCAGCCAUGCACUGGCGUUUUGGGGAGUUUGCCUGCAAAGCCGUCUAUUGCAUCUGCAAAAUGAGUUUCUUCAGUGGGAUGCUACUCCUCCUGUCCAUCAGCAUCGACAGGUACUUUGCCAUCGUUCAGGCUGCCUCGGCCCACCGCUUCCGUCCCCGCAUGAUAUUGAUUAGCAAGGUCACAUGCAUCCUCAUUUGGCUCCUGGCCUUCAUCCUCUCAAUCCCUGAGCUGGUUCACAGUGGUGUAAAUAACCCAGACAGCCAUCCCCGUUGUUCCAUCAUCGCUAAUGACUUGCAGACCUUCAACACUGGCAUCAAAGUGUCCCAAAUGGUUUUUGGCUUCUUAUUUCCCCUACUGGUCAUGUCUGUUUGCUACCUCAUCAUCAUCAAAACUUUACUCCAGGCCCGAAACUUUGAGAAGAAUAAAGCCAUCAAGGUCAUAAUUGCUGUGGUAAUUGUCUUCGUUGUCUUCCAGCUGCCCUACAACAGCGUCAUGCUGGCCAAGACCAUCUCAGCCUUCAACCACACCACCUCGUGUGAGGAGAGCAAGAAGCUUGACGUGGCGGACGACGUGACCUACACUCUGGCCUGCUUCCGAUGCUGCCUCAAUCCUUUCCUCUAUGCCUUCAUUGGCGUCAAAUUCCGCAACGACCUCUUCAAGCUUCUGAAGGAGCUGGGCUGCCUGAGCCAGGAGCGUCUCUGGCAGCUCUCCACCUGCCGUGAGAGCAAGAGGUUCUCCUUUGCCAUGGAGACAGAGACAACCACCACCUUCUCCCCAUGAGCCAAGCUCCAGGCAGGCUUUCACCAACCUGGAGUAGUUUUGUACACUUCCUCUAUUCUGAACGACCGGUAGAGCAAGACCUGCCACUACUGUAGGCAAGGCAGCUGUAAGAGGAAAACCCAGGAGCCUCCCCAUAUUUCAGGCAACGAGCACCACUAGCAUCCAUCUCCCAUGGAUGGAGAGACUUCAGUAAACCUGUGACAAAUAGCAAAGCAAGGGAGAGGGAGCCCAGCGUGUCUAGAAUAUAUCAUGUCAUUUCACCUUUAGUCCUUCCUAGUCAAAAUUGAGAAAUGCUCAAAAUAGAACAUUUUCCCUGAAAAGCAACAAAUACCAAGAGAAACAGACAUUUGUGCAACAGAAUUGCUUGUUUUAGAGC